AUGUAUAGAGCAGUGUUAAAGAAAUCUGUCACAGUGCCAGGUGUUAGGGAGUGUUAUCACAUUACCCUCGUGUCUACAGACCGGGUCUGGAUCAGUGAUAGUGACGGCAAUCUUACACUGACAAACACAAAAGGCAAAGAAUUAGAUCAUGUGACAGAUAUAGGUAGUGAUUAUGGAGGACACACUGUGGACUCUAACGGUGAUUUGAUUUAUAUAGACAGGGAAUUAAACAUCAUUAAACUGUCCAAAGAGAACAAAGAAAAGACUACGAUAAUACAGUACAACACGUCACCAUGGUAUCCAGUGUGUGUCUACAGCUCCCCCUCCACUGGAGACCUGCUGGUUGGGAUGGAUAGACGUGAUACACUGCCAACUAUAGGCAAGGUAGUGCGGUAUAACUCCACAGGAGAAAACAUCCAGACCAUACAGCACGACAACACAGGUCAGGAACUGUAUAGUCAACCUAUCUACAUAACAGAGAACCGCAAUGGAGAUGUUAUUGUGUCUGACUUUGGCCGUCGUGCUGUAGUGGUGACAGAUCGUGACGGUAAUUACCGGUUCUCCUACACACGUACUCCAUCAGGAUCACGACUAUCACCACGUGGAAUCUGUACUGACGCGCUGUCACACAUCCUGCUGUUUGAUUAUUGGACCAACACAGUACAGAUGUUAGACAGUGAGGGUCGCUAUCUGACAGAGAUACUGACACCUCAACACGGGAUAGACGGACCAUGGGGCCUGAGUUAUGAUGAUGACACUCGUCUACUGUGGGUAGGGUCAGACGACAACAACACAGUCAACCUAUACAGAGUGGUAGAUACAGACUCUCUGACUG